CAGUUUUUUGAAAGAAAAUGGCUUCUAGUUCUACUGGUAAAGGUGGUGGCAGAAAGAGAGACCUUUGUUGGAAACAUGGGGCACCAGGUCCAAAAAGAGGAGACGUCCUUUGUAACCAUUGCACCAAGAUUAUAAAAGGUGGCAUUAAUAGGUUCAAAUAUCACCUUGCACAGAUUGAAUGUCGAGAUACCAGAAAAUGUAAGGGAUGUCCUGAAGAGGCUACGAGGGAUGCAAUAGCAACGCUUGAAGCAUAUGAUCAAAGGAAGGCAACAAAAAAGAGAACAACAGAGGCAAUGGCCAGCCCCAAGGGCAAAUUUGAGUUCUAUAGGGUCACAUACAGAUGUGGGGGCAUCUAGUUCUUCCCUUGGGCCACGGAUACGAGGAAUGGGAAGUGUGGGCAGCCAUGUGGAAAACUACUUUGUUCCACGUAACACUCCUGGUGCACAACCUGGAUCGCUAGGCACUGCAUGGAAUAAAGAGGCUCACCAACAAGCAAAGGUGGCGUGUGCUAGAUUUUGGAUCUACAAUGAUAUUUCGUUCAAUGUUGUUUCUAGUCCAUCUUGGGAACAAUUGGUCACCGAAUUGACUGUGGCAAGUAAGGGGUUCAAGUCCCCAAGUUGUUAUGAGAUUAGUGGACUGUUAUUGCAGGAUGAGGUCCAAAACACUCACGCAUAUGUGGCAGCCGACAAACUUCUAAUGGCUAGACAUCCGACAUUAUUUUGGAGCCCUUGUGCUGCCCAUUGUCUUGAUUUACUCCUUGAGGACAUAGGGAAACUAAGCUGGGUUAAAGAAAGUGGUUGAAGAUGGAAGGAAUAUCACCAAAUACAUCUACAAUCACACAUUGGUCCUGAAUCUUAUGAGAGAGCACAUUGAUGGUAAGGAUCUUGUGCGAUCGGGGGUCACACGCUUUGCUACCAAUUUUUUCACCUUGCAGAGCAUACUUGCUACAUUGCCCAACUUGAAGCGGAUGUUCGUGAGUGAAAGAUGGAUGGGGAGUCCUUAUGCUACAAAGCUUGAAGCAAAGAAGGUUGUGGUUGCCAUUUUUGAUUUUAAUUUUGCCAAGAUGGUGGAGGAGAUCAUCAAUGUGUCGGAACCGUUGGUGAGGGUGCUACAAAUGGUAGAUGGGGAUCAUAACUCUAUGGGGUAUCUAUAUGAGGCCAUGGAUAAGGCCAAAGAGGCGAUUCAACACUUGUAUGCGUCAAACAAGACCAAGUAUGAACUCAUAUGGCACAUAAUUGAUCUGAGGUGGAACCAUCAACUCCACCAACAUAUUCAUGCUGUUGCCUACUUCUUGAAUCCCAAGUUUUUUAAUCCUCGAGUUUGAGAGUAGAUGCAGAGGUUAGAAUUGGCCUUGACAUAUGCAUUCAAAGAUUAGUUGAUGAUGAGAACCUUCGAGAUCUGAUACUUGAUGAGUUGCAGAGCUAUAAGAAGGCCAUAGGGCCAUUGUUUUCUUCACUUGAUUGCAAACGUAGGAGAGACACCUUAC